GUUCGUCCCUGCGCACUUUGAGUCCGUUCACGAACUUGGCAUGUUACAAUAGUCAAAGAACCUACUCAGACUUCCUCAAAAUGAACUCCUCUGAAGCCACACACCAGCCCGAUGCUACGGGAACCGACCCUAAACAGCUUAGUUACCUGCCCAACCUCAAGCUCAAUGACGGACAUGACAUCCCCAUGCUUGCCUACGGCCUCGGCACAGCCAACUACAAAAGAGGCGCCGGUCGUGAUGUCAUUGAUGAUAAAAUUAUUACAGACACUGUAACGGCCAUCAAGUGCGGCUACACCCACCUAGACGGCGCCGAAGGCUACGGUAACGAGCCCGAGCUAGGCCGCGCGAUCAAGAAGGCCGGCGUCCCGCGGGAGAGGCUCUUCGUCACGACCAAGUGCAGCAACGUGGAGGCCGGACAGCUCUCGCAGAGCCUGGACACAUCGCUCGCCAAGCUGGGGCUGGACCAUGUCGACCUGUACCUGAUCCACCAGCCGUUCUUUGCAGAUGGGGACCUCAAGCUGCUGCAGAGCACGUGGGCGGAGAUGGAGGCGAUCCAGGCGUCCGGCCGCGCCACGAGCAUCGGGGUGAGCAAUUACACGACGAGACACCUGGACGUGCUGCUGGAGACGGCCAAGGUGGUGCCGGCCAUCAACCAGAUCGAGCUGCACCCGUACCUCCAGCACGGCGACCUGCUGGCGUACCACCGUGAGAAGGGCAUCGCGGUGUCGGCGUACGCACCGCUGACGGCAGUCACAAAGGCACGGCCGGGGCCCUUGGACGAUGUCUACCCGGCGCUGGCCAAGAAGUAUGGCGUGGGCGAGGGUGAUAUUGCGUUGCGGUGGGUGAUCGACCAGGGCGCCGUGGUGAUCACGACGAGCUCCAAGGAAGAGAGGCUGCAGAGCUUCCUGACGAAGCUGCCGAGCUUCAAGCUGACCCCGAAGGAGGUGGAACUGAUCUCUGAGAAGGGGAGGGAGAAGAAUUUCAGAGGGUUCUGGACGCACAAGAUCAAGGAGGGUGACUGGGCGUAGAUGGGGCCUUGUCGUGGGUGGGGGGCCUGAGACAAGAGCCUUGAUUAAGUGUCCCAUGUAGACGCCAUGCAGCAUCACGAACAACUGCGGGGGGGGCUGAUACAGCUUGAUCUCUAGAGAAUAAGUGUGUAGAGGCUGUGAAUAUCAGAGAGCUGUACAUCCCAUAUUCUAUUGCUAUGCCUCGAAAUAGUGCUUAGACGUCUCUGCGGGGUCUCAGAUCAGUACUCGCCAGUCCAUGUCUGGUGACAUAAAUGUAACACUCUCUCCCUAUCACCAUCUUCCCCCCUUGGCCUUUGAUAGGAAUUUGCAGUCAUACACAUACAAACACCUCGCUAUCAUUCGGAAGCCGUCGACUCAUCCGGAUCGAAGACCGGUGGAGACCUAUUCAGCUUGGUGGCGGGCGACUUAGUAUCAGCCUCAGAUUCUGAUGCGGAAUCUGUAGUCUUUCUGUUUCGCAGGUUCCGGCUCGGCUUGUCAUUAGCAGAUUUCUUCCCCUUCUUCUCCUUCCCGGAGCCUCGAGCCGUGGAGGAGGAGGAGGGAGAUGCCCGUGCCACCUUCCAACCAGCCUUCUUGGGCUGGGGCUCAGGCG